AAGUACUGAUGUACUUCGAACACAUAGGCUUUCACUUUUCAGAGUUAUGCUUUGAGUUUCUCGUCAACACACACAGAUACACACACGCUUCUGUAUCUAUCUAUCUUUAAUCCCAGUUUGCCGUCUCUCUAUUUCUUUCAUCUCUCCUGUAUUAUCUUCUUUCUUUCUGGGCUUUAAUAUAUACACAUAAAACACAUAUAUUAAUAUUAUAUAAACCACCACCCUCUUGUUUCUUUAUCUUGUUGGGAAUAAUGGCUGCAGCUCAAGGGGAAAGUAAUUCACGCAGCGUUGAGCCACAACAAGAAGUACCUCGUGAAGCAAGCUCAUUGGCAAAUCCUGCGGAAACUGCUGUAUCAGAAAAGGAAGAUAAGGUUAAUGCUGUAUGGCAACAGAUGAAUAAAGGAGUAUCAUCAGAGAAGCUGAAUUCAAUAUUAAACAAGCAUAAAACAACUGUGAACAAGACGCCUAAGAAAUCUUCCUCCCAAGUGUCUCCUAGUUGGAUGACACAACUUGGUCUAGGACCAAAGCAGAAGGUGUUGCAUCAGGGAGUUUCACUUGAUAAAAAGCCUGAUAAAACCCAGAAUGGCUCCAGCGACGAGUCAAUGAAGCUAGCUGCUGCUGCAGCACUUUCAGCUGUCAAAGAUUCUGCUGCUAUGGCUGGACCUUCAGGAAGAGGGAAAGUUGAAAUCACAGAGGUUCGGGACUUUGCAGGCCAAGAAGUUGAGGUAAAGAAACUUGUCGAUGCUGAUUCAAAAGAAGCAGCAGAAAAAGCUAAAGCUGCGGGUGGAGCCCCGUCUGCAAUAGACUCUAUUCUUGAACAAAUCAAAAAGAAACCAAAGCUUAGUGUGCUUGACAAAACUAAAAAGGAUUGGGGAGAGUAUAAAGAUGAAAACAAGGGCUUGGAAGAUGAGCUGGAUGCUUACAAGAAGAGUGGAAAUCAAUAUUUAGAGAAGGUUUCAUUCUUGCAGCGAGCAGAUUAUCGAGAAUUUGAGCGGGAGAGAGAUGCACGACUGGCGGUGCAAGCCAAGAGGAAAGCAGAUAUGUGAAGUCUAAACCUCUCAACACUGUCAAUUUUACGGGGUUGAAGGAAGCCGGUUCUGUUUACUGAAGCAGUGGCAAUGUGAUUUUCAUCUGUCAGGUUAUUAAUAUGUAUGUUAUUUCAGUAUACUGUUCAGCUUCUAGUAGAAAAACAUCAAAUAGAUGAUUAGUUAUUGUGUGGUUUUCAACUGGAUAAGCUGAUCUUUCGAAGCCCACCAGCCUUAGCUGUUUACGCAAACCAUUUCAUGAUUUCAGUUAUUAUGAAAGUCUGAACUUGGUUGGAGUAUUUGACUCGAACCAACUUCUUCUAGGUCCUUUAGACUUGGGCUGUUAUCUCCAAACAAUGGUACACGGGAUUGCUAAUCGUUGUUUCAUCCCGUGAAUAGCAUUGAUUGAUCAUGUUUGCGUCCCUUUUGGCAAAAAUAAAGAAUCAUUCCUUUCUU